UAACUAAUAAAGAAAUCCACCCGCAUCUCCUCUCUCUUUCACCUUUUCACUGGAAGAUGAAUUUUUUCAAUCUCAAAAACUACUCCCUAAUCAUCCUCAACAUUGUUCUGUUUCUUUGGACUUCAAGGUUUGAGACUUGCCAUGCUAGAGAAGGCCAUCAGUGGAGGUUAAAAGGCAAAUUCCCCCCUGCACACUCUGUGCUAAAUGUGGAGAAAGAAGAAGGUCACGGUAGCACUGCUGGUAGCAGCCAUCAGCACCAUGGUCGCAGUACCAUGUCGAAGCUUGCUGGUAAUAACUACAUGUUGGCUGACGAUACCAUGUCAACACAGCAAGAAGGGAGCUCUAAAGCUUUUAAUGUGUUAGAUUUUGGUGCCAAAGGUGAUGGAAAGACAGAUGACUCAGAGGCAUUUGGGGCAACGUGGGCAGCUGCUUGUAAAGUGGAGGCAUCGACGAUGAUAGUUCCAUCUGGAUAUGUUUUCCUUCUCCAUUCGGUAUCUUUUUCAGGUCCUGGUUGUGAAGCUGACAUUGUAUUUCAGUUGGAUGGUAAGAUCAUAGCUCCUACUACUCCUGGAGCUUGGAAAUCCGGGCUUUUACAAUGGAUUGAGUUCACAAAACUGAAUGGAAUUACUAUUCAAGGUAAAGGCAUUAUUGAUGGACAGGGUUCAGUCUGGUGGAACAACUUGCCAACAUAUAAUCCUGAAGACUCAGAGGGUGUUAUGCAGGCAAAAAUGCCAGGAACCAAGCCAACGGCUCUAAGAUUUUAUGGAAGUACUCGUGUGAUAGUUACCGGCAUCACAAUCCAAAACAGUCCUCAAACCCACCUCAAAUUCGACGAUUGCACAACUGUUCAAGUUUCUGAUUUCAAAGCAGCAUCACCUGAGAACAGCCCUAACACAGAUGGAAUCCAUCUGGAGAACUCCCAUGACGUGCUCAUUUACAGUUCCGAUCUUGCUUGUGGGGAUGACUGUGUAUCUAUACAGACAGGAUGCUCACAGGUGUAUAUACACAAUGUUAACUGCGGACCUGGACAUGGAAUUAGUAUUGGAGGGCUGGGAAGAGAUAACAGCAAGGCCUGCGUUUCAAACGUGACUGUCCGAGACGUAGCAAUGCUCAAUACUUUAACUGGUGUCAGAAUAAAGACAUGGCAGGGAGGCUCUGGCUCAGUACAAGGAGUCACUUUCUCAAACAUACAAGUUAGUGGAGUUAAAACACCAAUCAUGAUCGACCAGUUCUACUGUGACAAGAGCAAAUGCCAGAAUGAAUCUUCAGCUGUGGCUGUGUCAGACAUAAACUACAUAAAUAUAAAAGGCACAUACGCAUCAAAACCUGUACACUUAGCAUGCAGUGAUGACCUGCCAUGCACUGGAAUAUCGUUUUCUGCCAUAGAACUAAAUCCAGUUCAAGAAGACAGCCAACCUUUCUGUUGGAACACAUUCGGGGAACUGAGAAGCACCACUGUUCCGCCAAUUAACUGCUUAAAAAUGGGCAAAUCAAGAAAACCCGUUGUCAAUUGCUGAGGACUAUAUAUAUAGGGAUAGUGUGAGGACAUAGAGGAGGUGAUGAUGCAGUACAAUUCUGUGAUAUUAUUAAAUGCUAUAGUCUUCCGUUUCCGUUUGAUAAUAAGAUUAGCGAGGCACUAAAAGAUAAAAAGCUCAAGGCAUGAAAUCCAAUUGUUAGUUGUAAGACAAGUUCAUUUUAGCCGAAUUCGAAACAGAAUGCGUUGGAUCCUUAACGUACGGUCCAUGUAUUCCACUAAGGAUUCCUUGAUACGAUCAAUACUCAUGAAA